AACUACGGUACAACCACCUGAUUUUGAAACAGGGUUGCCGAUCGAAUUGUUCGAGAAGAAAAGAUUACGCAUACGAUCUACGAGUCUUGAGGAAAUACUGGAAGGUUCUAGCAAUAAGCAAAGAAAAGAAG